AGAACGUACUGAAAGAGAUACUACAGUGCUCAUGGAUGAGAUUAUUCACAGUAUCUUCUUUUUGGGAAAGAUAAAUGAUCCAGACUUUGACCCAGAAAGUAUUGUGACUGAUGCCAAAAUGCUUGUAGGCUUAAAGGACACCUACCCUGGGCCUUUUAAAUGCUAUUCCUCUCAACUGCCCAAGCGGAGUCCAUUCUCAUGUGUGCUAGACAUGAUUGUCCUCCUGACUGGAGAAGAGAAUGAAGAGGAAAUAAAGAAGAAGGUGCGAGAGAUCUCCAAACAACUGAGGAGGGGUAAAACAAGUCCUCUUAUCUCCUCCACCAUCUGUGUCUCUCAGAUCCCAAAUUCAGUCAGGUACUAUGGUGUCUCCAUGUCCACUGCUGGGUGUGACCCUGGUAAAAUCAUGAUUGCUGCGUCCUGUCUUAGCUCCUGGGACAGUUAUGUGGCUGGUGCAGUUAUGACCUACUACCCAAAUAAGACCAAGAAAGACUAUUUUGAUGGGACCAUCAAACUGCCAGAGAAUGUCAGGUGUGAGGCGUUUAACAUCCGUGAAGGAGGAAACAAAACGCCUAAGCCUCCUUGCGGAUCAUGUGAGAAUUUGUUUGGCUUAAAACCAAAAGAGUGGCCCUACGGUAACUGUGCUGAAGUUGAAAGUCUGAGCAACUUGUUUAAGAAUGUUGAAGAAGUUAGCGAGCAAGCAAGACCAACAUCGGCAAAUAGCAUGGAGAAGAACAGGCGGAGGGCUGAAGAGAGUGUCCAGAAAGAGCUUAGACGUCUGCUGAAACAGCACAACUUUACAUGGGAUGGAAAUUUCUUCACCCCACAAUGAGUUUCAGGUUUUUGUCACAUGUUCAAGCAUAGUGAAAUGGUUUGGUCCACGGCUCUCUCAUCUUUUCAAAUAAUACCUUUUCAUUUUAAAGUUCCAAUGUAUAAGACAUGACCAGAUUUUAUUUUUAAACCAGUUGCUCAGACUCUAAGCUUAAUUUAAAAACAUUUAAAUAAAAAAAUGAACUAAAAUCCUCAACAGAAUGUAAAGAAGUAACAUUCAGUGUGACGCUCGUAACCGGAAAUUAAAUGAUAUUAAAUAUUGUAGUAAUAAUAAGUAGAAUUCUUACGGUGCUCUAUUAUAACUUGACCAGAGAGAUUUUUUUUAAAUGAA